AUGACUGACUAUUUGAAGAAUCUUAAAGCAGCGUCUUCCCGGAAGUCACCUCCUCAGGUGGUUACGGUGGCUGUUGAUGAUAGUUCUAUUAUGUCGGGGGGGGUUGCGAAGAAGAUUGGAUUGUCGGUUAAUUCACGGGGUUCACUCGGGGUCGAGGAUUACGAAGGUAUGAGACAAAAUGUUCUGUCUGGUGUAAAUAUUGGUGGUAUUGAGGUGGGUGGUUCCAGCAGCGAGGUCAAGGCCGAAACCAAGCAGAAAACUUCGGGAGGGAAAGCGUCGGAUAGGAAGACUUUGUUUUACUUGAAGGACGCACCAGGCGCAUCUAUUUGCUGUGUGUCAGUUUCCUCAUCCGCUGGAGGGCAAAAAGCUUGUGGAGAGAAGAAGGACCCAGUAACGAACUUGUGCGAUAUUGCCUCGCACAGAUCGUUAGUCCCGAUUGAUAAAUUGCAGUUUCCAGCUUUGUACUGCCGCUGCAAAAAGCUGGGAAGAGGAGGGGAGACUUUCUAUUGGGACUCUAUGUCACAUGUGAAAUUCAGUGAGCUUCCUUCCGCUAACACAGCUCCUUGGCUUACCGACAAAGACACCAAGGCCGGGUGGACAACUCGCAUUCACGAGUUGAGAACGUCAAGUGCGACCGGAAGCCCGCCUCCACAGGCCUCCAGAACACUUAAGUUUGAAGUGGAUGAGAACACGAUCUUGAAAAAUUCGUUUACGCCAGUAAAAAAAGAGAAGAACGUGACGGGAAGCGAAUCGUCUUACAAAUUUGUUAGUGAUCAUGGAGCUGAUUUUUCUGCCGAAACUCCGACGUCAUCAUCACUUAAAGAUAUGAUCAUUCCGUGGACCUCUGAGUAUCGAUUCGCGGAGGUAUUUCAAGAUGCAUUACUGGAACAAAAGAUGAUGAUCGAAGAAGUCAACAACUUCACCAGCGUGAUCGACAAAAGAUCCGUUGAUACGAUCAUCAAGGUAAAUGCUCUGGCCGUGGUUUGCAAUACUUUCAAAAGACGAAUUGGCGACGGGGCAGAAUUUGAGAACACAGCAGGGUUCUCCACCAUUUAUGAUGGAUUGAUGGGUAUUUACCGGGAUCUUGUGGCCACCACUGGACGUAUGAUAGAUGUUCAGUCUGCAGCAGAAUUGAGCGAUCACGGUCUGGAACAUGGUCUGGCGACCAUUGAGACCAAGGUUGAAGUGUUGAAUACGAAGGUCCAAGAUCUGGAUGCCGAUCACGGAAUGUUGAUCUUAGGCCAGCAAGAGAUCCAGGAGGUCAAGAAAUCACUCGAGGUAUCUAUGGCUUCUCUCUGUGAGAACGUGCUACCUGGUGACAUUCUUGAAAUGAAGGAGGAUUACUAUGAGGAUCCUAGAAAAACUCUUGGUCAACAAGUUCAGUCUCUGGAGACCCAAGCCAACUCCCGCUCUGCGGGCACCAACCUGUUGAGCUCCUUAAGCAACACAGGCUCUGUGGAUAGAAGAGGCCUAGCCAUUGGCGGUUCUGCGAAUCAGCUCGACGCAGUCGUGGCCAGGCUCGAACGACUGGAGAUGGCUAACGCCUCAUUGAGAGAAGAAGUGGCCAGACUAACUGCUGACGCAGCACCUCAGCCAGAGUUGUCCCCAGCCCCUUCGACAGCUAUGCUCCAACAGCUGAAAGAAUGA